UUCAUCUAAGGAUGCCUGGACCUCUCUGGCCUGCCGCCUGGUCCCUCCGGCUCCCCAUAGGCCCCGCCCCUCGGCCCACCUCCAACCCCACGCACCCUCUCUCACUCCUUUCCUACAUAGCUCCACCUUCUUCCCCGCCUCUGGUCCCUCCCGCCCGCCUCCGUGGGACAGUCUAGGGCCACCGGUCGCUGGAAGACCCUGAGCAAGCUAUGGCGUCCGGCAGCCCGCGGGUGCUGGUGGUGGGCGGCGGCAUCGCGGGGCUGGGCGCUGCGCAGAGACUCUGCCGCCACCCGGCUGCUCCACACCUGCGGGUCCUGGAGGCCACCGCCGGCGCCGGGGGCCGCAUCCGCUCGGAACGCUACUUCGGUGGUGUAGUGGAGCUGGGUGCACACUGGAUCCAUGGGCCCUCCCAGGGCAAUCCUGUCUUCCAGCUGGCUGCAGAGUUCGGGCUCCUGGGGGAGGAAGAGUUAUCAGCGGAGAACCAGCUGGUGGAGACAGGAGGGCACGUGGCCCUGCCCUCCGUGAGCUGUACCAGCUCUGGAACACGUGUGAGCCCGGAGCUGGUGACAGAGAUGGCCAGUCUGUUCUAUGGACUGAUAGACCGGACUCGAGAGUUCCUGAAUGCCACUGAGACUCCAAUGGCCAGCGUUGGAGAGUUCCUCAAGAAGGAGCUAAGUCAGCAGGUGGCUAGCUGGACUGAGGAUGAGGACACGAAGAAACUCAAGCUGGCUAUCCUGAACACCUUCUUCAACAUAGAAUGUUGUGUGAGCGGCACCCACAGCAUGGACCUGGUAGCCCUUGCACCGUUUGGGGAGUACACGGUGCUCCCGGGGCUGGACUGCACCUUGGCUGGUGGUUACCAAGGGCUUACCAACUGCAUACUGGCUUCCUUGCCCAAGGAUUCGAUGGUUUUUGACAAGCCGGUAAAGACCAUUCACUGGAACGGGUCCUUCCAGGAAGCUGCUUUUCCAGGAGAGACCUUCCCAGUGUUGGUGGAGUGUGAAGAUGGUACCCGCCUGCCCGCCCAUCAUGUCAUCGUCACCGUGCCCUUAGGUUUUCUCAAAGAACAUCAAGACACUUUCUUUGAGCCACCACUGCCUGCCAAAAAGGCAGAAGUCAUCAGAAAAAUAGGCUUUGGUACCAACAACAAAAUAUUUUUGGAGUUUGAGGAGCCCUUCUGGGACCCCGACUGCAAGGCCAUCCAGGUGGUAUGGGAAGACACAUCACCCCUACAGGACACAGCCCUCUCACUUCAAGACACCUGGUUCAAGAAGCUCAUUGGCUUUUUGGUCCUGCCUCCCUUUGAGUCUUCACAUGUGCUCUGUGGGUUUAUUGCUGGGCUCGAGUCGGAGUUUAUGGAGACUCUGUCGGAUGAAGAAGUACUUCUGUCUCUAACCCAAGUACUUCGGAGAAUGACGGGAAACUCACAAUUGCCAGCAGCUAAGAGCGUGCUGAGGUCUCGUUGGCACAGUGCCCCAUAUACCCGAGGUUCCUACAGCUAUGUGGCCGUUGGCAGCACUGGCGAUGACCUAGAUGUGUUGGCUCAGCCCCUCCCUGCGGAUGGAACUGGUACCCAGCUCCAGAUACUCUUCGCUGGGGAAGCCACACAUCGGACAUUUUAUUCCACCACGCACGGGGCCCUCCUGUCUGGCUGGAGGGAAGCCGACCGCCUCAUAAGUCUGUGGGACUCACAGGUACAGCAGCCCCAGCCCAGGCUGUGAAUGUCUGCAGCUCUGCUCUGUCAUGUGGGCUGCCAAGCUCCUUUGUUGGGUGCGUGGUUUUCAGUCUGGUUUGAGGUUUUGGGAUCUUACUGGUAGCUUUAAUUUUGGGAAACUGAUCUAAUUUCUCAUAACUGUUAUUGGAGUCUGGCGUGGUCUGAUCAUGGAUGCCCCACUGCGUUUGCACACAUAAAACAGUUGCCACCA